UAGCGACACUAUCCUUUAACAUGCCUCUACAUCUCGCGGAAUUUGCCCCGGCUUCGGUCCGGGGCCGCGCGAUGCUAUUGUGGCCUCUGUAUGUCUUCAAUUUCCAUGUUAAAGCGCUGCCUGUUAACAUCACCACAUUCAAACAGGGUAGUAGGCCCCUUUGACCUCCUUAUGAGGUCCCUUUUACUGCCAGUAUUUAUGCCAAUCCCUCGAGAUGUGACCCAGAUCAAUAUCGUCAUCAUACCUAUCGCCAUAUCAUUCACCUCAUCAUUACGGCAUAUGACCCUAGAAUCUCCAUACCAAUGUAUCGCACAGGGCCACAUGGCAUCAUCCCUUCAGGCGCUGUACAAGGCUCGGCCCUCGAAGAUCGUUGCCGCUCGUGACCUCUAUCGCAUUUACGCCACCAGCCCAUUGGAGUCAUCUCGUGCAAUCGUGGCUAUGUUUUCCUCCACCGGCUUUGCUCUCGCUAUAAUUGCCAGUUUAUUCCAGUUGAUGGACUACAACCGAUGGGGGCAGCGCCAUUAUUUGUUGAGCCGGAUAUUAAUGUUGCAGGCAUUCGUUCUGAUAGUUCCACUGAAUCUAAACCUUGACAGCAUGCGAUUCGUUCGUUUUUGCAUGCAAAUCUUGCUGUCAACCGGUCUAUCCGCCGUGGCCACAGUGUAUGCUGUCGAGAUUCUUCCUUACCGUUGUCGGGACAAGGGAUACGCAAUCACGGUAUCAGUUUACAAUACUGUGCGCGUUCUCGUGCAGCUCAUAGACUUGAAGCCGUAUUACCCUUUCCACUACCCAGAUGGCGGCCCAAGACCUUCGGACUUGAUUACUGCAUUAUGCCGAAUAAUGCACAUGUGCGCCAUUGCGGUAGCUACUGGGUUGACGCACUCCUUCAUGCGGGAGACGGCAAAAAUCCCACUUGAGGAUAUGGAGAAGCUAUUCGAGGCGCGAGAUCGAGAUACCAUAUUGUAUCAAAUGACGAUCGUCUGGCCAUAUUUGUUCAGAAGGUGUGUUCUUUGGCAAAAUGUGGCCCUUGAGCCGUUCGAGGAGUCGCAGUAUGGUGCCGGUGCAAUCGCUUUGACGUGAUGAAGGGGAUAUAUACCACAGAAAUUUUUGAAUCAUCAUGUCAUCUGUAUCCGACAAAUGGUAGGGAGUCACGGGCUAAAAGAGGAUCUAUAUAUUGUACAUUGGCAUUUGAAUAGAUAGACGCAUGUUUGAGAAUCAAUUG